AUGUCCUUAGUUGUACUAAUCACUAUAGCUUUCUCCUGCUACAAUUUGAUUGUUGCAGCACCGCCAGCUUUUAAACAAUCAGAGGCGAGUGCGCUUCGCAACAGCAGGUGGUGGCCUCCCUCCGUCACUGGCAACACUACCUUACUUUACUGCGCGUGGCCUGGGGUAUCGUGCGACGACCAUGGGAGCGUCGACUGGAUUUACUUGACAAAUAUGUACCGAAUAGGAGGUAAUCUCAGUGACAUGAACUUCUCUCUACUUCCGAGCCUCACUUAUCUUCAACUCAUGAACACUGAACUGACCGGCGUAAUCCCUCUUCAAAUAUGUACUCUGUCGAGGCUUACUCACCUUGACUUGUCCAACAAUUCUCUCGUUGGCAAGUUGCCUCCUUGUGUCCAAAACCUUAUCAACCUUGAAGUUCUUUAUAUUGAUCAUAAUCAAAUCAGUGGCUCUAUCCCUCCUGAGUUGGGAAAUUUGGAGAGAUUGACCGACUUGAAUCUUGGGUUCAAUGCGCUCAACGGCGUAGUCCCUUUGACUAUUGGUCGCUUGCACAAUUUAAAAUCCCUCAUAUUUAGCUCAAAUGACUUAGGUGGUUCUAUCCCUCUAGAACUUGGGAACCUCACAGAAAUGCAUAUUGUUGAUUUAAGUUGCAACAACUUCACUGGUCCCAUUCCGUCCUUUAUAGGGAAUUUGACGAGCUUAACCCUGCUCUAUUUGCAAGAAAACAAAUUUGGUGGAUUUAUUCCUCCGGAAAUAGGGAAUUUGAUGAACUUGACCCAUCUCAAUUUGCAAAGAAACAAACUCAAUGGAUCUAUUCCGUUAGAAAUAGGGGAUUUACGGAAUCUCAGGCUUCUAAACUUGAACUCGAACAACUUGGUCGGGAAAAUCCCUCUCGAACUUGGGAGACUCAUAGAAAUGUCUUUUGUUGAUUUAAGUUCCAACGUCUUCACUGGUCCCCUUCCAUCAUUUAUUUGGAAUUUGACUUUUUUGACUUAUCUCUCUUUGCAAGUAAAUAAAUUCAGUGGCUCUAUUCCCUCAGCAAUAGGCAAUUUGGAGUACUUGAUCAAGCUGAACUUGAGCGAAAAUAGAUUUCAUGGUGCCAUCCCAUCGGAAAUAGGAAAUUUACGGCGUCUCGAAUUUCUAGAUUUGAGCUCGAACAACUUUGUCGGGAAAAUUCCAGUUGAACUUGUGAUUUUGAGAUGGUUAAGCCAGCUAGACCUUCACAACAAUUCUCUCUUUGGCUUGAUUCCCGCACUUAAAAGCAAUUCUUUCUUAUAUCGCCUUAACUUAUCAUACAAUCAUCUCAAGGGCCCAAUUCCAAAGAAUCUCGUGGCUGCCUUUCCUCAUACUGCUUUUAUCGGCAAUGACGAUUUGUACUACUUUGACGAAACCCAAACCUACAGAAGAAGGUCUAGCGUAAUUCUUCACACGCCGGUGUUCAUUCUGCUGGCUGUAGUAUUCAUUUCCUGUAUAGUCAUCGGAUCUUGCUUCCUAAUUCAACUUGCAACAAAGAGCAUGCCAAUAAAGACCGUGCAACCUGAGACUCUAGAGAAAAAUGGAAAUUUCUUAUCAAUAUGGAAUUAUGAUGGGAAGAUUGCAUAUGAAGACAUAAUCAAUGCAACGGAGGACUUCGAUCUCAAAUAUUGCAUUGGGACUGGUGGCUAUGGCAGCGUCUAUAGAGCACGACUGCCCAAUGGAAAAGCUGUUGCAUUGAAGAAACUUCACCGUCUUGAAGCAGAGGACCCAUCCUUCGACAAGAGCUUUCGGAAUGAAGUGAAACACUUGACAGAAAUAAGGCAUAGAAGCAUUAUCAAGCUCCAUGGUUUUUGCUUACAUAGGCGAUGCAUGUUCUUGAUUUACGAAUUCAUGGAAAAUGGGAGUCUGUUUUGUGUUUUGAGAGAUGACGUUGAAGCAGUGGAAUUGGAUUGGUCCAAAAGAGUCGAUCUUGUCCAGGAUACAGCACAUGCUUUGUCUUACAUGCAUCAUGAUUGCGCUCGGCCAAUGGUUCAUCGAGACAUAUCUAGCAAUAACAUCUUGCUUAAUAGCAGAAUGCAGGCUUUUGUGUCAGAUUUUGGCACCACAAGACUUCUGGAUCAUGAUUCUUCAUCAAACUUCACUGCAAAUAUCGCUGGCACCUAUGGAUAUAUUGCACCUGAGCUUGCGUAUACUUUGAUUGUUAAUGAGAAAUGCGACGUAUAUAGCUUUGGAGUGGUAGCAAUGGAAACAAUGAUAGGGGAGCACCCAGGAGAUAUUGUAUCUACUUUGCUAACAUCCUCCGGAGAAGAUAUCAUGCUACAUAGAAUCUUAGACCCACGGUUGCCUUUUCCAAGAGAGAACUCUGUUGCAAGAAGUAUUGUUUUGAUAGUUUCUCUAGCGCUUGCUUGCUUGAGUGCUAAUCCAAAGUCUCGACCAACUAUGAAGCAAGUCUCGGAAGCUUUUCUAGCUCGGAAGUUACCAUUGGCGAAAUCCUUCCAUGAGAUCUCAUUGGCUCAGCUCCAAAAUAAUAACAGAUCAUGGUUGGAAGGUGGACCUACAGAAGCUUCAUCAGGACUAAGCGAUGAGUAAGGGUCAUUAAGUUUUUGUUCCAUUGAAGAGUUAGAUUGAUAAAAUGAAGCUGCAAUUUGGUGAAAGUGAUUCAGGAUAUAUAAGUGUAUGGUGCCUGCAAAUUAUUAAGUCAUGUUAAACUUUUUUCUAUAUAAUU